UAACUUUUGUGUGCGACGACAACACAAAGAAGAUCACAUCCGAAGUGCCAUUCGGCCACGUAUGGACUCGUUCUCAAAAGACAAGAAGAAUAUCAAGGGCACAUUAUGCUCCCUUUGUCUCUAUAACAAAGCACCUUGUGCAUAUUCACAUCAGCAGAGGCAAAGAGUGAUUGAAAUCUUUUGUCCUUCGAUGCUGGCAUCAUAAAAGUGAGAUGAAUGGAGGAAUAAUUCGACUAUAAUCAAGACAGCACACCCUAUCAUUUUAAGAGCUGGUUCUCAGACAACGUUGGUUGCACAGUGGCAAAUUGUCGGGAAUAAGUCAAGCUGGAAACUGGUUUUCGGCUGCGUCCUCCAGCCCCCGCAUUGCCUGUUCCAGACAAGCAGUGAGUUUGCAGCAGCUCUGCUUGGAGUCAGAUUACAUGCAACCAUUCCAAUGGUGUAACGGCUGCCUCUGUGGUUUAGGGCUGCAGCAUUCAGACUGUGAUAUGUCAGAGGAAGACAUCUACCGUCUGCCGCUCAACGUGUACGUCAUCGUACUGGGCAUAGGCAUGUUCAUCUUCAUGCUCAGUGUAAUCUUCUGCUGCUAUCUGUUCAGGCUGAAACAGCAAGGCACAAGGGAGCAGUACAGUUACAAUGAGGUGGUGCUGAAAGGUGCAGGAAAGAAGCUGAGCCUGCUGGGACAGCCCUGUGCCGUGUGUCUAGAGGAAUUCAAGACCAGAGACGAGUUGGGUGUGUGCCCGUGCUCACACACCUUCCAUAAGAAGUGCCUGCUGAAAUGGUUAGAGAUCCGCAGCGUCUGCCCGAUGUGCAAUAAACCCAUCAUGCGUAUCCAGAACGCCGACGCCCCACGAGGAGCCGAGGUGCUGCAAGACCCAGAGGAGGUGUGACCCCAGAAACUGUGCGGCCCACGGCCAGAUUAACACCCUCCAGUUCUGCGGUCGUUGGAACAAAUCACGUGACCCGCUAAGGCUCUUCAAAGCCAUCUAUAUGCACCGCCACAGCGGACCUGGAGAACGUGAGAAACCAGGACGACAACGUUCAGCCUCCACUAGUGAUUCAGUAGCCAAACAUAAGAAUAAUCUCCUAUAUAUCGUGCCACAAUAUUCUUUAAAUUAGUAAUGUGCCGAGGUUCUAAAGCGAGAGACACACCGUGCAUGCUGGGUAACAGGCAUCAAAAUGAGAGGUAAAUAUCCUCAGGGGAUCUAACUAGGAAACAAAAGAAAACAAUUAAACUUUUACUGCCGAUGAAGGGGCGUAUAUAUGUGACAGUAGGGUGUAGGUGUAGUGCACUGUCUGUUUGACUGGUUCUACAGGUCUUCGUAAAGAUCCUAAGUAGUCCUUACAGAAAUAUUCAAUAUAUAAUCAGUAACCAGCAGUUCUUCUCUCCAUUUAUCGUGUUCACUGCUUGAAUUGUUCCUUUUUCUUGUCAUUUUGUAUUGUUUGUUUUUGAAUAAAAUGUUUUUGUGGUUAACCUUC